AUGCAAACGCUGAUACUUAUUCUUCUCAUAGUAUUACCUCAACUGUGUACACCUCUUAAUUGUUAUUCGUGUUCGGGAACAACAGGUUGUAAUGAUCCAUUUAAUUCUCUUGGUUCUGGUGUUUCAACAACAGGAACAAUUGCAGCAAAUACUUAUUGUAUAAAAAGGAACUAUAUUGGAACAAUAUAUCGAUCAGGUGGUUCAUCAUGCACAGACUAUUGGUAUUCAUCUAAUGCUUAUCAAACUUGUUGUCAAUCUGACUUCUGCAAUCGAACAAGAAAGAUAAACUUUAAUUUUAUCUUAAUCAUCUUUUUAUGUUGUUUUUCUUGUAUUGGAAUAUUUUCUUAAUUUGAAAAUGAAACUUUUUAACAAAAAUAAAAAUUCGUAAAUCUAUUAACAUGAUUUUUAUGUUUAUUGUAAAUUUUUUUUUUUUGUAUGUAAAAAAAAAAGGAAGAAUAAUUAAUUAGGAUUAAUUAAAAGUUCUAACAACAGUGAAUAAAAACAAAGAGAUAUUUUUAAUGCGGUGCGAAGCACAGCAUUUAUGUAGUCCUUCGCGAGUUUUUAAUGCGGUGCGAAGCACAGCAUUUAUGUAGUCCUUCGCGAGUUUUUUUUUUUUCUUUUAUACUUACUUGACGUACGCAUCAAAACUUGUCAUUUUGUGACGCGAUGAUCUCGAGAACUAAAACUCCGAAAGUAGUCGUUGAAACGCGAGAUCCCAGUAUCGAGAUGGAACCGAUAAUAUCUUUUGAGUUCAUCUCCAAAGAACUUUCUGAUUUACCGGAAAUCGCUUCCAAAAAUGACAAAUUUUUGAGGACUUUGUAUUUUUUCCAUUUUGAGAUAAUUAAAACGAAAAUGAAGAGAAAAGUUAGGCGCCAUUGUCUUUCUUCAUAUGUCAAACAGCUGUAAUCACAGCUGAUUGUAGAUAAUGAAUUAUAUAGAUAAUUAAACGAUGAAUCAAAUCGUCUUUCAGAAAAGUGUUGAUAGGCUUUCAUAGAGUUCUCGUGGUGAUCAAUUUUAUUAUGGUGCUGUUCAUUUCGAAUCUAGGUUAGAUCAGCUGUUUGAUAAAGAUCUUUUUUGUCGUUUAUCCCUUACUGAGAAACAUCCUUGAUAAUCUUAGAACGAUGACGUAGAUUGUGAGCAGUAACUUCGGUGAUAUGUAGAGCGACUAUUCGAUUUCGAUUCGAAAUUCAUUGUUCGAGUUCUCGGCACGUGUGCUUCGCACCGCAUUUCGUAUUCGAAGCGAAGCUCGAAUACCAUCUAGUUUUUUUUUCUUUUUAAUGCGGUGCGAAGCACAGCAUUUAUGUAGUCCUUCGCGAAUUUUUUUAAUGCGGUGCGAAGCACAGCAUUUAUGUAGUCCUUCGCGAGUUUACUUUUUUAAUGCGGUGCGAAGCAGAGCAUUUAUGUAGUCCUUCGCGUAUUUUUUUCUUUUUUUCUUACUUACUUGACGUACGCAUCAAAAAUAGUCAUUUUGUGUCGCGAUGAUCUCAAGAACGAAAAAUCAGAGAAAGUCCGUUGAAACGUGAAAUGAAAGAAUCGAGAACAAAUCGUAGAAAUUCGUUUUCCAUACUUCAUUAAGAUAAGCGGUUGGAUUAGAAAUAAUUUAGGAAAAAGAGGAAUUUUAAAAAUUUUAUGCUCGAGAUAAUUAAAAUGAUGAUAGCAAGAAAAGUUAGCCGCAAGUCUUUUCGAGCUAUUGAAGUAAUUCAUUACAGCUGUAAGUCAGCUGAUAACAAAGUGAUCGCGCGGAUAAUUAAACGAUCAAUCGAAAUUGUCGUUCAUAAAAGUAUUCAUAGGCUUUCAUAGAGUUCUCGUGGUAAUAAAUUUUAUUAUGGUGGUUUUCAAUUUUCUCGCGACUAAUAUCAGCUGACUCAUGAAAAAAUAAUUCUUUGAAUUCGAAUGAUAUACAGUGAAGUAUCUAUGUUCUGUAGCGUGUGACAUUCCAACGAGAAAUGACGAUUACUAUUAACUCGACAAUCAGAUUUUCGCUUCUACGAAAUGUGGUUUUUUCGAAAAUUCUAGAGUUUCGUGCUUCGCACCGCAUUUCGUAUUCGAGUGAAGCUCGAAUACCAUCUAGUUUUCUUCCUAGACGUACGCAUCAAAACUUGUCAUUUUGUGACUCGAUGAUCUCGAGAACUAAAACUCCGAAAAUAGUCGUUGAAACGCGAGAUCCCAGUAUCGAGAUCGAACCGAUAAUAUCUUUUGACUUCAUCUCCAAAGCACUUUCCGAUUUACCGAAAAUCGCUUCCAAAAAUGACAAAUUUUUGAGGACUUUAUAUUUUUUUUCAUUUUGAGAUAAUUAAAAUGAAAAUGAAGAGAAAAGUUAGGCGCCAUUCUCUUUCUUCGUAUGUCAAACAGCUGUACCCACAGCUGAGUGUAGAUAAUGAAUCAUAUAGAUAAUUAAACAAUCAAUCGACUUCAUCGUUCAGAAAAGUGUUCAUAGGCUUUCAUAGAGUUCUCGUGAUGAUGAAUCUUAUUAUGGUGCUUUUCAAUUUUCUCACGACUAAUAUCAGCUGACUCGUGAAAAAGUAAUUUUUCGAAUUCGAAUGAUACAAAGAAGUGUCUAUGUUCAGUAGUGUGUACACAAUUCAACUACAAAUGACGAUUGCUAUUAACCCGACAAUCGAGUUUUCGUUUUCUACGAAGUACACUUUUUCGAAAAUUCGAGAGAUUCGUGCUUCGCACCGCAUUUCGUAUU